ACGGUUGCCACGCGCCCAAUGGAAUUCUAGAAGAAGUCACCCACGUACUGAGCGGAAAAACUGAUGCUUCGACAUAUUACGCAGUGUCUCUAAAAAAGGUUGCUGAGCGUGUUUUCUGCCAGCAGUCUGAGGGAAGCUGCUCACAAUGCGUGAUGCGCAUGCGCAUGCGCGACAGCGACACGCCGUUUCCAGCUUGAGCCAGAGUGGCUGUGGGAAGUGCGCGCGUGGGGAGCGGCUAAGAUGGACAGUUGCUGCUUUGGACCCUCUGCCUAUGUGUUUCUGAAGUUUCGUGUAUACAACUGUUAUCCUCAGCAGACAUACCUUUAGAAUGGGAGGAUUUGCGCAUGAUGACGUUUGGCUCGUUUACCCUAUUACUGAAUGAGACCAUAUGAUGAAAUGACAUGACACCUGACCUGUGUAAUAAUGUUUGUCCAGUGAUUACAUGUGAUUCUCACUAGUUCAGUUGGUGAAAAUAAAAACAAAGGCAGCCAAUCAUUUACUGUUUGUCAAGUGUUUUGGAAUUAUUUUAAAGACAGAAUAAUUCAGUGUUCAAAGACAGAAGUGCAGAUUGUACCAUUUUUUUCUUCUAUUAAACUAUUAAUAAUAGUAAGAAAAAAACGAAGUGUUAAGCAAAUGACACAAAAUGAAGAAAACAGAAGAGAUGUCAGGGAACAACAACAAUGUGGAUUACACAAAAAGUGUGAAAUAUGUGUACAGCCCAGGACAACUGGUUAACAAAAGUGAGUGAACUUUUCCAAAGGGACAGAAUUUGGAACAUCUGUAUGACAAGAACCAAACUCGACAACGUUUUUAUCUCUUCUCGUUGUUCUGCUUGAUUAUCAGCGAUGUUCUAAGUAAAUGUGUAAUUACUUCUGCAACUCCACAUAUGUGGCUCUUGCUUGCUGCGUUUGCUUUUUAUAAUGGAGCUUCUCAGAAAACAGGUUUUGUUCAUUCUGUGACACAGUAUGAGCUAAAUGAAUAAAUAAUAAUGAAACGUAACACUCAACAUAUGCCCCUUGAAUAGGAGUGCUUGCCCUGAUACAGUUAAUCUGUGGUACCACUGAUUUCACAGAUAUGAUCCUGGUUAAAUCAAAAUUAUUUCAGAUAUAAAUAAGAUGGUGAAUUUUGAAAAUCAUUUUCACAAAAGCAACACUUCUAUAAUGGAGAGGAACAGGGGGUCUGAUGCUGUGUCAAUAAUCUACACGAAUGUUAUGUCAGCAUCUCUUUCUUUCCAUACAGGCAGAAUGGAGAACCUGGUGCACUACAUUAACCCUGUGCAUACCUUCUCCCUACUGAGCAUGCUCAAUGAGCAGCGGCUCAGCGGUCACCUCUGUGACGUAACAUUGAUCGUAGCUGACCAGAAGUUCCAUGCUCAUCGGAGUGUUCUUGCUGCAAGUUCCGAGUACUUCCAGGCUCUGUUCGCCAGAACAGAUUCUGAUGUCCAUGCAGUGGUCCACCUGGACUUCUGUGAGCCAGAUGUUUUGGAGCAUGUGCUGAAUUACAUCUACUCCUCUUCGCUGUUCGUGGACAAAGAAAGCUUGACAGCAAUUCAAGAGUUAGGGUACAGUUUAGGAAUCUCUUUUCUGACUAAUAUAAUGACAACAAAACCUCAGAUUUCUUACAGUAUCUCUAGAAAGGCAGUGUUUGCAGAGGGUAAUGACAGUGGUUGCCUUCCAGAAAAUGUCAUUGUUUACCAGAGAAAUAUAUAUAAAACUGAUGAAAGCUUGUCUCAUGUCAAAGGAGAAAGUUUUCUGGGGAAAUCUCCAUCAAAUCAGACUCCAUCAUCAGAGUCUCCAGCAGCAGAAUCUGGACAGUGUUCCAGCAGAACCUGCCAGACCCCAGAAGGUGACCGAGGACCAGAAACAUUGGGGAAUGCAGAAGUGUCACAGUGGAACUCUGUCACAGAUCUCAAGGAGAGGAGUUCUGAUGGCAAGUUUAGUCAGUCUGCUUCAUUUCCUCAGAAGAUGUCUGAAGAUAAAAGUCUUAGUGAAAAGCCACAGAUUAUGAAUUGUCAAGAUGGACAUCCAAGCAAAACCCAUGAUCUUCAACAGACAGAGACAAGAAGGCCACUCAUAAAAAGUCUGUUAUGUAGAUCAUUAUCGGUCAACAGCACUGUCUCUGGUUAUUCACCUGUGAUGGACCUUAACAAAGGUGAAGAAAAAGCAGACUCUGCUUUGAAGCUUGGACAAGGAACAUCUAACCGUGAGCCAGACAACCUUAAAACUUUUAAGGUUAAAAGUAAUAAUUCCAAAGCCAUUCCCACGUUGCUUUUCCCCUCGCAGUGUUGCAAUACAUGCAGUGAUUUGGAUAUGAAUAAAAUGAUCGUCCGUGUGAAAACCGAGCCUAUUAGCCCAUUUACUGAGCCUUCAGAUAUUUUACGUGUCACCGUUGGAGAGGAGUUGCCUACCAGCAUUAAAAACUUUCCACUUAACACCAAUGGCAGUGAGCCCAAAGAAUUUCUUACUGAUUAUGGAAAGAGAAGAAAGGUAGAACUGGGCAACGAAGGAGGUGUACUGAAAAAAUCCCGAAGUAUUAAUGAGGAACAACUGUCAGAAGACCAGAGUCUUGGCAUCACCUUCAAAUCAAGCAACAGCAGCCUAAAAGAACACCAGCAGUCUAGAACUUCCAAAUGCAAGAACUGUAUGAGGACGUUUCGUUCCAGCGCUGCACUUCAUCGGCACAUGAACAUGUUUCACAACCCAGAAAAGCCUUAUGCCUGUGACAUCUGCCACAAACAGUUUCACACCAACUUCAAAGUGUGGACCCACUGUCAAACCCAACAUGGAAUCAUGGAAAUUCCACCUCCACCCUCCAGCUCCUCUAUAACCCCAGAAGACAGGCCCCACAGAAAGUUGAUCGGAAUGGUGCAGGAACGUGAACUGAACAGAAAUGUACUGGUAAAACUUUGGGGAAGUAAGCUAGGAAGUCUGCAGUCUCCAGUAUGUCAUAAAAGAAGCUUCAGAGCAUGGUCGAAAUCCCACGCAUGUGCUUGGUGUGGAAGAAUGUUCAGGUUCCUGUCUCACUUAAGGCAGCAUUUGCGUUUACACUGUGGUCAGAAGUCUGAUUAUACGCUGGAGAAUAAGGAGGAAAUUCUUCCAGAGAAGGACCAAGAACUUCAGUUACAAAGGGACAAAAGAUCAGAGGUCUAUCCUUGUAGGCUCUGCAGGAAGAAAUUGAGCUCUUUCUAUGAGCAGACAGAACACGAGCAAGGGUGUCUGUAUAGAAUAGUGUGCCGAUACUGUGGUCUUAACUUUUCUAAUUCUUGUGCUGUGAAGGAGCAUGAGAUUCACUGCGAGAACAAAAAACGGACUUGCCAGGAAUGCAUGCGCACGUUUAAGUCCCCUUUCAGUAUGUGGCGACAUCAGAUGGAGGUUCACAAACAAAAUCCCGUAAACAAAAAGCAGCAGCUUUCCUGUCUUCGGGAUCACAGCGCUCAUGCUGCUGGUGACGCGAUGGCUCCAGAAAGCUCUGGAAAAAAGGCUCGAGAUUACUCUCUGCCAAUGGUUUCUGAAUCUCCUGAAGACCCGGAGGGCCAGAAGGUCAUUUCGCGUCAGGAGCCGGUGAGGGUAAAAGAAGAGCCAUAUGAGGAAGCUGUCAAUGAAAGAGUGCCACCUGAGAACCUCAGGACUGUAGAGCCCAGCCUGUGGUCCUGUGAGAAGUGUGGCAAAGUGUUCAGUGCCCUCAGGGAGUUGGAGCACCACCAAGAGCUGUUGUGCUACAUCAAGCCAUUUAUCUGCAACAUCUGCCAGAAAUCCUUCAGGACCAACUUUCGUCUCUGGAGCCACAUUCAGUCCCACGCAUCCAAUCCGGAUGCAUCUGGUUCCAGAGAAAACAGUCAGCUGCCUUCCCGCCUUUCCCCAUCGCCACCUCUUCUCGCCACAAAUGUGGAAGAGUCGCCUAUUUCUGUUGCCAAAAGCACAGCGCAGAACUCUACAGGUGGAGACCCCCUGCGCAGGACACACCAGCAGAACAUUCAGGUGUCCCGUCAGGAGGUGGACGCGAUGUCCAGCCACAGUCCCGCGCCACCAGCCCUUGCGGCUGAGAGGCAGUACGUGUGUAAAUUGUGCCGCCGGACCUUUAGGAGUGCUUUCAGCCUCUGGAGCCACGAACAAAGUCACUCCAGCUCCUGAACUAAGUUUUUGUGGACAGCUGUGCAGGUCCACUUAGCCUCUUGGAGUUCAGUUGUGCUCCUUACAGCUGCUGUAGACUGCAGACAUCAGCAUGAAGGAAAGUAAUGUUAAUUUGCAUUUAAUUUGUUUAAUUCCCAGUCAUUUUCUGUUUACUUGUCCUCUUUGGAGUU